AUAUAUAAUCAUGUAUAAUACUAUAUGUUUAUGCAUGUUCAUCCAUGAAAAAUCUUUUACCGGGCGUGACACUGAUAUCUAAAAACUUUUAUUAUUAUUAUUGUUUUAUUUGGGAGGGUGGGGCGCAAAAUUUUCAGUUACGACACUGCAUAUCUACAUGGGCCAAAUGCUGAAAGCAUCAUUCUACCUCCUUUCCGCGUACAACGAGCAAUAAAGAUAGAACAAUGCUUUCAACACGAAAGCGUGCAAGACGAACCUUUGCGCCUAAUUUACAAUGUGCUCUUUGUGCGUGGAAACAUUCGGUUUUACAUAAACGCAAUUUAUCAACUUGCAAAAAUUUUUUUAACGUAUUUAUUGGCUACAAAACGGAAUGUUUCCAGACGCAAAUAGCACAUUGUAGAUUAUAGGAAUAUAACCAUAAUCCGGCGUUUAAAGCCUGAUCUACAAUGUGUCCUUUGCGUCUAGAAACAUUGUAUUUUAGCCAAUAAAUAGGUUUAAAAAAAUUAGCGCGAGUUGAUAAACUGUACGUUAUACGCUGUGCGCAAUCGUGCGUUGUCGGCGAAUUUUUUCAAAAGCGUUUUAAUCUGCUUAUACAAAACCAAAUGUUUCUAGACGCAAAGAGCACAUUGUAGAUUAGGCGUGAGCGUAGGCGGGCGAUGAGAACGAGCGUGGGAGAGACAGGCGCCCAGAAGGGGCGCUACGCACUGGGCGGCAAAGGGAAGGGGGCGGGGGUCGACGUCGUUGACGCGCGCGAGGCGAACGACGGGCCGCGCGGCGCGCCGUUACUCGUCGUUGGUCCGCGGCGGAGUUGAUCUUGCGCGCUGUUGCCCAGCAUCCGGAUCCAUGGAAGGUUAAUGGGAGAUGCACGAUCGAUAACGAUCGCUCGACGACGACGAUCCUCGUCGAUGGACGCGCUGUCUAACCUCAAAGACGACCCUCGACGCUGCCGUCGGUGAGAUUCGCGAAUAGCGAGUGGAGUCUCGCCCGGAGUAUCCGCGCGGAGAGAAAUACUUGCUUUACCCCGAAGAGAAUAAGAUGAGAGGAGGCGCGAUGUGGGGCCUGCUGUUGCUCGCGGGAGGCUGCGUCGUCCUGGCCGACCCCGAGGCCGAGCCUUCGGAGGAGCUGUUCCGUCGGCUGCCGAAGAACCGCAACGAGGACAAGUGCUACGACGAGAACGGCAGGCCGCAGAGGUGCAUACCGCCGUUCGAGAACGCGGCUUUCAACGUGCUGAUGGAGGCAACCAACACGUGCGGCGACGAGCAUCCCAUCGAGUUCUGCAAGCAGACGGGCGUGCAGAAGAAGUCGUGCGAGAUCUGCCGACGCGGCGACCACUCGGCCUCCUUCCUCACCGAUCACGAUAACAACGACAAUGCUACCUGGUGGCAGUCGGACACCUUGUACGAGGGCAUCGAGGAUCCCAACCAGGUCAAUCUUACUCUCCACCUAGGAAAGACGUUUGACAUAACAUACGUCAGAGUACUGUUCGAGUCACCCCGGCCGGAAAGUUGGGGUAUCUACAAGCGGAAGAACGAGAAGUCGCCGUGGGAGCCUUAUCAGUUUUAUUCAGCGACAUGCCGGGACACAUACGAGCUGCCCGAGUCGAAAGAGACCGUUCGCGGUGACGACACGCGCGUGCUAUGUACCUCGGAAUUCUCCGACAUCUCCCCGCUCACCAAAGGCACCGUCGCCUUCUCGACCUUGGAGGGCCGACCCUCCGCCUAUUACUUCGAAACCAACCCCGAGCUUCAGGAAUGGGUGCAAGCGACAGAUUUGAGAAUCACUCUGGACAAGCUGAACACGUUCGGCGAUGAAGUUUUCGGCGACACGCAAGUGCUGAAAUCUUACUACUAUGCGAUAGCCGACGUAGCGGUCGGUGCGAGAUGCGCUUGCAACGGCCACGCCGGAGAAUGUGUGAACAGUACCAGUGUUGACGGCAGAACUCGCAGAGUCUGCCGAUGUGAGCACAAUACUGCUGGUCCGGACUGCAACGAGUGCCUACCUUUUUACAAUGACGCUCCUUGGGGUCGAGCCACGACUACAGAUGCGCACGAGUGCAAACCUUGCAACUGUAACGGAUACUCGGACAGGUGUUACUUCGACAAGGAACUGUAUAAGCUGACCGGUCACGGAGGUCAUUGCUUGGACUGUCGUGCCAAUCGCGACGGCGCCAAUUGCGAACGGUGUCGCGAAAACUAUUAUCAGCGAUCCGAGGAUAACUACUGUGUUGCAUGCAACUGCGAUGAGAUUGGGUCAAGAAGCUUGCAGUGCAACAGCGAAGGUAAAUGCCAGUGUAAACCUGGCGUAACGGGAGAUAAAUGCGAUCGCUGUGCAGCCAAUUUCUACAACUUCGGCUCGCAGGGCUGCACUUCCUGCGAGUGCAGCUUGGCAGGAUCGUUUGACAACGUUCCCAAUUGCGAUACUGUCACGGGAGUUUGCGUCUGUAAGGAGAACGUCGAGGGAAAACGCUGCAGAGAGUGUCGUCCAGGUUUCUUCAAUCUAGCUGUGGACAAUGAGUUCGGCUGUACUCCCUGUUUCUGUUACGGCCACUCCUCGGUCUGUCGGCCGGCGAACGGUUACUCGAAGCUGUUCAUCGAGAGUAUAUUCGUGCGAGGAAACGAACGCUGGUCCGCGUCCGUGGCCGGCAAUCCGAUUCCGUUGCAUUACGACGCACUGACACAAACGGUCUCGGUUACCGCGCUCGACCGCGACAACGUGUACUUCCUCGCGCCCGACAAGUUUCUGGGGGACCAGCGUGCGUCGUACAAUCAGUACGUAUCGUUCAUACUGAGGAUAGGGGAAACCGGCCCGGCUCCUACGGCACGCGACGUAAUUUUAGAAGGUGGAAACGGCGAGCAGAUCACGCAGCCGAUCUUCGGCCAGAACAAUCGUUUACCGACUGUCACACCUCAAGAGUACCGGUUUAAGCUGCACGAGCAUGUCAACUACGGCUGGCAACCGCGAUUGUCCUCUCGUGCUUUCAUGUCGAUUCUGUCAAAUUUGACCGCCAUCAAGAUCCGCGGAACCUACACUCAUCAAGGCCGGGGAUUUUUGGACGACGUGAAACUAGAGACUGCUCAUCGUGGCGCAGCUGGCGAAUCAGCCGACUGGGUGGAGCACUGUCAGUGUCCUCACGGCUACGUUGGCCAGUUUUGCGAGUCGUGCGCGCCUGGAUUUCACCACGACCCGCCCAAUGGCGGCCCCUUCGCUCUUUGUGUCCCUUGUAACUGCAACGGGCAUGCCGAUAUUUGCGAAGCCGAGACCGGACAAUGUAUCUGUCAGCAUAAUACUGCGGGAAGCAAUUGCGAGCUGUGUAGUAGAGGAUAUUACGGUUAUCCAUUGAAAGGAACCCCAGACGAUUGCAAACCGUGCCCCUGUCCCGACAAUGGGCCUUGCAUUCUUUUGGGCAACAAUCCGGAUCCCAUCUGUUCCGAAUGUCCUAUCGGCAGGACCGGACCUAGAUGUGAAACAUGCUCCGAUGGUUAUUACGGGAAUCCUGAGAGAGGUGUCGCUUGUCGUCCCUGCGACUGCAAUAACAAUAUCGACUUAAAUGCAGUUAGAAAUUGUAACCACGAAACGGGAGAGUGUCUCAAGUGCGUCAAUAACACAGCGGGCUUUCACUGUGAGGAAUGCCUGGCUGGAUAUUACGGAGACGCGCUGUCGGAUCGCAAGGAAGACGGCUGCAAGUUGUGUCAGUGUUAUGCAUCGGGUACUUUGGAACUUGACGACGGAAGGAUCGUGCCGUGCGAUCAAUUAACGGGUCACUGCGCCUGUAAGCCACACGUCAUAGGUCGCAAUUGCGACAAGUGUGAGGAAGGCUAUUACCAUAUUAUGAGUGGGGAGGGUUGCACGCCGUGUAACUGUGAUCUGGAAGGUUCGUAUAAUCGCACCUGUGACACAAUAACAGGACAGUGUCAGUGCCGACUUGGAGUAACGGGUCAACAUUGCGAUGCCUGUGAGCCCUAUCAGUACGGGUUCGGCCGCGAAGGUUGCAAGCCUUGCGAUUGCGACAGUAUCGGCUCCCAAGAUUUGCAAUGUGAUGCAAGCGGACAGUGUCCCUGCUUGACGAACGUUGACGGCAGACGUUGUGAUCGCUGUAAGGAGAACAAGCACAACCGUCAGCACGGAUGUAUUGACUGUCCCGAUUGUUAUAAUCUUGUACAAUCGGCAGUCAAUGAUCACCGACGACGUUUGGCUGAGCUUGAAGAUACCCUCUAUAAGAUCAACAGCAGUCCCACUGUCAUUAAGGAUUCCGAUUUCGAAAAAGAGCUGAAGAAUGUACAGGAAAGAGUGGGAACAUUAUUGACUAUCGCCAAGCGAGGAUCCGGCAGUGAGAAUAAAACGUUGGUGGAACAGCUGGACGAACUGCGCGAGCAAUUAAUUACGAUUGACAAGAUCUAUCAGACCGUGAAUGUGACAGCGAUAGACGCAGGUGUUAUAACCGAGAAAGGUUUGGCGAGUAUUUAUGAGGCAGAGAAAGUUUUGGAUAAAAUUUACGAGCAGCUAACGGAGGCGGAAGAUUACUUGGGUACGGAUGGAGCGAGUGCUUUAUCUUCGGCAAAACUGCGCGCUGAGCAAGUUGGCCAGCAGAAUCAGCAGAUGACAUCGAUCGCGCAGGAGGCGCGUCAAUUCGCUGAAGCGAACACGAACGAAGCCAAGAAGCUUCAUGCGAUGGCGGAGCAAGCGCGAAACACGACAUUUGAGGCUUAUAAUCUCGCUAAACAAACAAUAUCGAAAUAUUCUAAUAUAACGGAUGAAAUAAGGGAUCUGGAGAACAAGUUGGCGCAAUUGGAGGAUCGUAUGGACGAAGUGAGGAAUCUUACUGCCAUCGCGGCUACCAAGUCCUCGGCUGUUUCUCAGGAAGCGUUAGAUUUGCUAAUCCUCGAUCUAACGCUGCCUCCGGUUGAUAUCGAGCAAUUGCGACAGCAAAUAGAAAGCGUUAACAGUGUGAGCUUGCAGAUUAAAGAGCAGGCGCAACUUUUACUGGAGGAAAAUGAGAAUCUUAUCAGAGAAAUGGCUGAAAAGGUUAGAAAGAGCGAAGAUCUUUUAGAAAAAGCUCAAGAACAACAAGCCUCAACGUCCGAACAGUUAGCUGGAUUGGACGACGCCAAUCAUACGGCAAACAAGGCUGUUCAACGUGGCGAUCAGACACUGAAAGAAGCUCAAGAGACCUUGAAGAAAUUAGGAGAAUUUGAUGCCGAGGUGCAACGUGAACGUGUUAAGGCUCGUAGCGCCUUGAAAGACAUCCAACAAAUUGAAGAUUUGCUUAAUAAUGCUAAUACACAAGCCAGAGAGACGGAGAGAGUGCUAAAUGGGUCGGAAGGUAAUGCUAAAAGCGCACUCGAAAUUGCGCAAAAUGCUCAGAAUUUUGCGGAUAGAGCGAGCACUAACGCAAAUGACAUCAGAAUGGAAGCAAAUAAUACGAAAAUUGAAGCUCUACGACUUGGAAACGAAGCCCAAAAGUUGCACCUACGAGUUGACACUACGGAUUCGAUGAUCAAGCAGUAUGAAGUCCAGAUGACCAAGGACGCCAAUAUCACCGCCGAGGCAAACUAUAAAGUUGGCCAGGCGAAGACCAACGUAACUAUGGCGUCACAGCAAGUCGACAAGGCUUUAUCUGAGGUUGCCAUGAUCAUUAGGGAGCUCGAGAAUCUACCAGAAAUCGACGACGCUGAUUUGAAUCGCUUAGAAGAACGCUUAGUUGCCGCUGAAAAAGAAAUUAAGGCCGCAAAUUUGGAUCAGCGUAUCCGUACAUUGACGGAUGCGAAAAAUCUACAAACACAGUGGGUUAAAAAUUAUGAAGAUGAGGUCAGCAGACUGCGAAUUGAAGUGGAGAACAUCGAUGAUAUUCGAAAGGCUUUACCAACUGAUUGUUAUCAACGUGUCCGUCUUGAGCCUUAAAAUUAAUUUUUUUACCUUAUUCAUUUUGCGUCAUUUUUUUAAGAAGUAUAUUAUAAGCUAUAUGACGUUUGAAGUCCUGUGUAUCCUUAGCGUUAAGGUUCAAGGAUUUUUCAAUUGUUUUUAGAUCGAGGAUCUUUAAAUCGUUAAAGAGCUUCCAUUUCCUUAAAGACAAGAUACUAGAAUUUUUUUAGUAUGUUAACAUUGGCAAAUUCAGAUUAGAUUUUUCAGUGAUAAGCAAUUUCUUAAAUAAUAAGACAAAAAUGAACAAGUUUUUAAAGAAAAUCUACUUAAUAAUUUUAAACAAAUAUACUUAAUAACUUACAUAGAUUCUUAACUCCUUCAUUGUAUAUGACACAUAUGUACGUGGGAAAAGACGUGCCACCAGUGCGUAUGACGCAUGUAUACGCAUCUCAAGAAGAACUGAUUUAUAUUUUUGCCUCGAAAAUCUUGAUAUUAAAAUCAUGAAAUAAAUCUUUAAAAAACUUGUUCACAGUAGUGGCACGAAUACCUCAUUUUCGUCACACUACGAAGGGGUUAAUGAUAAAGAUCUUGUGAUUUGCAAAGAUACAAUUUAGAAAUUAUUUAAGACUUUUGAUACACAUCUUUUUGCAAACAAAUAAAUUUUAUAAUUCCAAAUGAAAAGUUUCUUAAAUAAUUUUACACAAUGAUUAAAAGGCAUUUUGCAUGUUAGGCUAGGGAUGAAUUUUGUGCAUAAACAUAUAUGCACGUAGUGGCAAUAAACAUUUCAUACCAAAGAUUCUUUUAUAGUAUACAUAUAUGUUUGGAUUUAUCGUCAUUUAUCAUUCAAUUUACAUCUCUUCUCUAUUAUAUUUGUUAUAAUGACUAUUAAUCAUGUAUAAAUAUGUAUAUAGAUUUGUGUACAUCCGUAACAUGUAACUGCCAUGCCAAUGCAUAUUAGUGCAUUAUUUGCAAUGAUAUACUAUUUAAGGAAACAGUUAUAUUAAUUUUAGAUACGUUCUUCGGCCUUUGCGAAAUAGUGGAACAAUGAAAAAGAGAGUAAACACGAAUAAUCAAAGGAGUAAUAGCAAAGCUAUUUCCUGUUUCUGGGACCAUAAAAAGACAAUAUAAUCGAUGUAAGAAUACAGUUAAAAUUCUUUUUAUGUUAAAAAUAAAAUGAAAGAAAGAUCUAUUUUGCCCUGUAAUAUUGGUUGAAAAACACUAAAUAAAAAAAUAUAUAUGUACGAUUAUUAGAAUAAUCAACAUGUAGCAUUUUAUUAUUAUCAACUAUUAUUCAUAUUGCUGAAUUAUGAAAUUCGUUUGAUCACGCAGAUAAACUUCACGUAUGAGUUAUAUUUUUAUAUAGAUAAGACAGAUAAAAUAAGACAUUUUUAUAUGAAAAUAUUCUACAGAUUGUAAUAUUUGAGGAUAAUAAAUAUUUUGAAAGUAA